AUGACGUUGGAGGUCUCUUUGACAUACAUUUCAUCAAGUACCGUACUUAUAAACACCUUUGCUGCUCUCUGUCUUGGUGGCAACACUGGCGUUUUGAAUAUGAAUCUUCCUGACCACAGUAUGCAUAGUCCUGGUGAGGGCUGUCUGAAAGAAGACAAAUCUGAGAUGAUGGCCUCCUGCUGCCGUAACAUGUUUGAGGAUCCUCUGGCCGCCUAUCCGAACAACUCCAUCAUUUCUCAUCUGCUCCGCAAGACCAUCCACAACAAAAGAGCUAUGAAUGGAAACAUGUUCUAUCUACCACCUCCAGCCACCCUCUCUGGCCUAGACGACACAAGCAUGAUGGUGUCCAAAGACAGCAUGGAACCCCCAGACCUUCGAGAGCACCACCCUCCAAUUAGCACAAGCGUUGAGGUGGAGCGACCCCUAAGUGACCAUCUCCAAGCAAAGAGAGCUCGAGUGGAGAACAUCAUACGGGGCAUGGCAGGAUCACCCAACUCUAGGCUCCAGGGAGAAGAGGACAUUGGUGACCCCGAUCUCGAGCUGGACAGAAAAGAGCUCAACAAAGAGAACAAGCGGAAACAGAGACUUCCUCAGCACCAGGAGAGCAGCGCAGAUAGCGAGAUGCUAGCAAACAUGGCCGGCAGCAGAGGCGGCAGCAGCAGCAGCAUCAGCACCAGCAAGAACCAGGAGUGUCACAAGCUGAAGCAGCAGCUCCAGAGCAUGCAGAGGCUCCUCCAGCAGCUCGAGGACAAGUUCUUUCAGGUCUACAACCAACACGACUCCGAGAACAGCAGAGCAGAAGACGAGACUGGCGACAUUGACAUUGCUGAUCAUAGCAACAGUUUGAUCCAAACAAAAGCUGCCAGUGAAGUAACAAAUGGCUUGAGUGUUAGUGAGGGAUGUGAAAACAGGCCAGACUGGAUGGCAGGCUGUCCGAGAGAAAAAGCCAUGGUGGACAUCAACUGCCUGAGCAGCAAGAGGGAUGGGAAGAACCUGCAAGAGACUCUUAAGUAUGAGCUGUCUAGAGCUGUGAAUGAAAGCAUUGACACUGUGUUCCAAAAGCUGUCAUCUACUCUACUGAGUCAGUCGUCUCCAUCAUCGUUGUGCCAUCCUUGCACUCCAGACAAUGCAGGAUCUGUGAAGAGGACUCACAUGUCAUGCAGUCCCCUUGUGCCAUCUAACACAGAAGAAGCCACCAUCAAACCAAGGCCUCUUCCGUAUUAUAGGAGCUCAACUCCACAAACCCCGGAGCAACAAACUGAGGCCCUAUCUCUCGUUGUUCGUAAGUCCCCAAACAGCCCACUGAACUCGACCAGUCAGUCUAUUAAACAGCCCUAUCCAUUCCAUCAGCCUCCAUUUCAGUUUGGUUAUGCCGCUCCCCUGCAUGAUACCCAGAUCCUAGAGCAUCUCCUUAAGUAUGGUCCCCAUGGUAACCUUGGGGGCCUCACGUGCCUCCCACCCUCUCUGGACAGAGCCUCCCCGGACUCCGAAGACCUGCCUUGGGAGAGUAUAUCCAUGAGAUCCAAAGUGAUGUCCAGUCACCUCGGGCAGCACAGCAGACCAGGGGUACUGGGCUCAGUGUCGGUGGACGGUCUGUGUCUCCCGCAUGUGAAAAUGGAGUGUCGAGAUCUUCAAAGUAUGACAGAGAGGAGCUCCUACAUAUCACUCAGUAUUCAGGAAGGUUUGACUCCCAAUCAUCUGAAGAAGGCUAAACUGAUGUUCUUCUAUACACGUUAUCCCAGCUCCAGUGUUCUAAAAACAUACUUCCCUGAUGUAAAGUUCAACCGUUGCAUCACAUCCCAGCUGAUCAAGUGGUUCAGUAACUUCCGAGAGUUCUACUAUAUCCAAAUGGAGAAGUUUGCUCGACAGGCCAUCGUUGAUGGUGUGAACGAUGUGAAGGGGCUGUCCGUCACACGAGACUGUGAGCUUUUCCGAGCUCUCAACAUGCACUAUAAUAAAGCCAACGACUUCCAGGUUCCUGAACGAUUCCUAGAAGUAGCUGAGAUCACACUUCAAGAGUUUUUCACUGCUGUUUUGCUGGCCAAAGAUUCAGACCCCUCGUGGAAAAAAGCCAUCUACAAGGUCAUCUGUAAACUGGACAGUGAGGUUCCUGAAGAAUUUAAAACAUCCACCUACCUGUAAAGAACUUGAUAAUUUAUUAAUUCUAAGACAUCAUGUCUUACAAUUAUGAGAUGAGAUGGAUGGAUGGAUAAGUAUUGGGUGAAAAAAAUAGAUUUAAGUAAACAUUACAUUAUUGAAAAUAUAAGAUUUUACCAUAUUUAAGGUAGCAUUGUGUCAAGUGUUACACAAGUGCAAGUGCUACACAAUUAUAUCCAGACAUCAACUUAAAAAAAAAAUCCAAAUUCUACAUGACCCCAUAUCAGGAAAUGGCACUAUCUUUCCUUUUAAAAAGUCCCUCAUUCAUUUCUUAUUUUCUGUUCUGUUCUGUUAACCAAAUGUCAAGUGUUCAUUUACGGAUGAUAAAUUAAGUGGCUAGACUACAUGAAUGUAAAAAAAUUGUAAACAAGACAUUUCGACAUUACCAUGUGGUAAUGACCAAUGGGAAUUUAUUUUCAUUUUAAAUUAACUUAGAGUAUUGCUUAAAUUACAUUGGAUUCUUACAAUGUAGAAACAUGUGUAAUUAUGAUAUAAAGUUUUCAUGGUACGUAUGUUGCAUUGUUGCAUAUGUUGCAUUGAGAUGGUAAAGCAGAACUAAUGACUUAUAUAGGAAUUUAAGCUUACAGUUAUUUUGUGAAAUCCAUAGAAACAUUUUAUAGCAGUGCUUUGAUGUGCUGGAUUUUUCAUAUUUUAAGUAGGUAAAGUACGUAGAUCUCUUCAUGAUUGUAAAUUACAUUAAUGUUGUAAAUUAAAUUAAGUUACCAUGUUACUUGUAUAUUUUUAAAUACCCUUCACCUAUUGAUGAAGAUGAAGAUGUCAUCAUUGUUUUUGUGCCAUAUAUUGUAUCUGCAGCUUUUGGUUUAACAUUAGGUAAAGAUUUUUUGCAUAGAUUAGAAUUGAGAGUUGGGUGUCUUUAAUAAUUGUGAACCAACAAGCUUUUUUU